UUGUUACCAAGGCAACUGGUGCUCUGUCAAUGAAAUGUCUGCUUCAGUAAUUUGUCAGGAACUUUAAAUAAUGGCGGAGAAGAAAUAUGAUUUACUUUUAAUCGAUACAACAAACAAAAACCACACAAUCCAACAUCAGCCAUGGUACAAAGAAAGACUUAAAACCAAAUAUCUGAAGCCCCUUAAAUCAAAAAUUCCAUCAAAAUCUUUAAUUUGGAAAAAUAAGUUUCUAUUGAAAAAUGAACUGGAUGAUAUCCAAGAUGGUUUACCCCUCAUAACUGAUGGAUCAUUCCUUAGUCAACCAAAGAAUUUUGCAAAACUAAAAGAAGUACCAAAAUAUCAAUGCUUUACCAAAGAACAAAUCUGUUACUCCAAGAAAUUCCCCCUUGCUGAAGAAAGAUGGAAUAAGCUUCAGCUGUUAGAGUACACCUUACUGCAGCACCCAUUAGCUUUGUUCCCACACCUGGAAUUGUGUGUGGACAAGAAGGUGUUUCUGGAUAUUGUCAAACUGCUGGACCCAGAAAUGUAUAAUCCCCAAAGUCCUGAAGAAAUGGAAACUUCCACCAAGGACAUUACCGAGAUGAAGAUUAUUAAUCAGUUUGCCUCUAAUAUUAUUGAACCAAACUUGAAUGAAAACGCAAACCAUCAAAUGGAAGAACAGAAGAAACAACUGGGAAACAAAUCUUCUUUGGCUAAUUCUGUUCCAGUUGCCACUUCUAACAACGAUGGUGAAACAGUGCGUAACCCAUAUCGGUGGCUGACCACGAAAAACGAAGACAAAAACAAAGAACAAAAGAAAGGAGACAGAAUAUCAGAUGCACAUAAUGAUCAUGUGAAAAAUGUUAUCCAAGAAUUUUGUGAAUGGGUAUCAAGUCUUGGAGGAGACAACAGUAUUGAUGAGUCAACUAUUAAUGCACUUUUUAGCAAUGAUUAUGAAAAUAAACCAACUCUUUCUGUUCCAAUUGAAAUUGUUGACAUUUCUCAAGGUACACACCAUAACCUUGAUGUGUCAGAUAAAGUUUACCAAAACCAGAAACCUAUCCAAAACAAAAGAUUGAAACAUAGACCGGCUGCAAAACCAUUAACACUUCCUCCAUUAUCUCACAAGAACAGUAAAAAUCGCACAGAGCAAGUCUCACUAUUUCCAACUAAAAGACCAGUGUUUGGUGCCUGGUAUCUUCCAGUGAAGGCAUGGAAGAAAGAAGAUAAUGAAAACCAAUUAGAAGAUUCUAAAGAAUUACCAAGUGAAGAAUUAUCAGAGAGGAAAAAACUUAGUAUUAGUCUGAAUUCCAAACUGUCUUUGUUGUAUUGUUCACAAGCAUUUUUAGACUGGAUCAACAAUAGAGGAUACAGAAAACCAGAAUUCUUGAAGGAGAUUACACUUCUACAGCAACAAACCAAGUUAAAGAACGAAGAGCAAAGUGUUGAAAGAGAAAAAUCAUUGAAUUCCAAAACAAUCCAAAUGUAAACAGCUUUGAGAAAUUUCAGAUUCUUUCAAUUAUUUCAGAAAAGUUUUGUUUUUGUUCCUGAUAAAAGUAUUUUCUGGAAUUUUGUAGUAAAUUCAGCUCAAAGAUAUUUGAUUCAAAAUAAAGUUUCUAAGUGUUAAAUACAUGUUAAUGUUUAAUAGAA